UUUUUUGAUUGGCAUAGGUUUUUUUUUUUUUUUGCAAUGAGUUUCUAGUUACAUGGAAACCAUUUCUUCAUUUUCAUAACUUGGAAGAUGGAAAUGGAGGAAAAACCAAUCUCAAAAUGUGUUUGGCUUAAAUUUGGUUCUGAUACUUUUACAUGAUAUUUAUAGCAAACUCUGAUUUUGAUGUGUUUGUUUCCAACUUUUAUUGUGUUUUGUGGUGGUAGUCAUAGCCCUUGGUAAAGCUUAGGAUUCUGGGGUAGCCCUGUGCAAUCUGGUGAAGUUUUUGAAAUUUGGGUGCUUGGUCAAGUAGAAAGGGAUAAUUGGAUUGAAUUGGUGCUUGGUAGUUUAGUUUGGUGCAGGAAUACAGUAAGUUGAAAUGAGUGUUGUGGGGUUUGACAUUGGAAAUGAGAACUGUGUCAUUGCGGUGGUGAAGCAACGCGGGGUUGAUGUUUUGUUGAAUGAUGAAUCCAACCGUGAAACCCCUGCUCUUGUCUGCUUUGGAGAGAAGCAAAGGUUUUUAGGAUCGGCCGGUGCGGCUUCUGCUAUGAUGCACCCAAAGUCCACAAUAUCUCAAGUGAAGAGACUCGUAGGACGAAGAUUUGCAGACCCUGAUGUUCAAAAGGACCUGAAAGUGCUCCCCUUUGAAACUUCCGAAGGCCCGGAUGGCAGUGUUCUGAUUCACUUGAAAUACUUGAAGGAGACUUGCACAUUUAAACCGGUUCAAAUAGUAGCAAUGCUUUUUGCUCACUUGAAGAGUAUAACCGAAACAAAUUUAGGGACAUCUGUUUCAGAUUGUGUUAUUGGGGUUCCAUCCUACUUUACUGACUUGCAGAGACGGGCGUAUCUGAAUGCAGCGACAAUUGCUGGCUUAAAGCCUUUGAGGUUGAUCCAUGACUGCACCGCAACUGGUCUUGGUUAUGGAGUUUACAAAACAGAUUUUCCCAGUGAAGCUCCUAUUUAUGUGGCAUUUAUUGACAUAGGUCACUGUGAUACUCAGGUCUCUAUCGCAGCAUUUCAGGCUGGGAAAAUGAAGUUACUUUCACAUGCUUUUGACAGGAGCUUAGGGGGGAGAGACUUUGACGAAGUUUUGUUUAGUCAUUUUGCUGAAAAAUUCAAUGGACAGUACAGCAUCGAUGUGUAUUCUAACGUCAGGGCAUGUAAUAGGCUGCGUGCAGCAUGUGAGAAGUUGAAGAAAGUUUUGAGUGCAAAUCUUGAGGCGCCUCUGAACAUUGAGUGUUUGAUGGAUGAAAAAGAUGUUAAUGGAUUCAUCAAGAGGGAAGAAUUUGAAAAUCUGGCAUCAGGAUUAUUGGAGAGAAUUUGUAUUCCUUGCAACAAAGCAUUAGCUGAUGCAGGCUUAACAGUAGAAAAGAUUUAUUCUGUUGAGUUAGUUGGCUCAGGUUCACGGAUUCCAGCUAUAACCAGAUUAUUGUCUUCUCUGUUUAAAAGAGAACCCAGACGAACACUGAAUGCGAGUGAGUGUGUAGCUCGUGGUUGUGCUCUACAGUGUGCAAUGCUCAGUCCUGUUUUCCGCGUCAGAGAUUAUGAGGUCGUAGAUUCUAUUCCUUUUUCCAUUGGACUUUCAUCAGAUGAAGGUCUUACUCGUGCAGGAUCAAAUGAUGCGCUUUUCCUGAAAGGAGAACCGAUUCCAAGUGUUAAAGUUUUAACAUUUGAGUGCAGAAAAAUGCUAAAUUUGGAAGCAUUCUAUGCUAAUCCAGAUGAAGUACCACAUGGGACAUCUCCUAAAAUUAGUUGCUUCACAAUUGGUCCUUUCCUUGGAUCGCAUGGAAGUAAGAUGAGCGUUAAAGUUAAAGUUCAACUAAAUUUGCAUGGAAUUAUCAGUAUUGAAUCAGCAACAUUGUUCGAAGAUCAUUUGGAUGAUUCAGUUACAGCAGUUGAUUUUCAUUCAAAUUUUGAAGCAAUGGAUGUUGAACCGGUUUCUGAGACAGUUGAAAAUGUUGCUGAAGUUAGUAUGAAUAGGAAGUCUGACUCUCCGCAACGUUCUGCUGAUGGUACAAGAAAUAAAAAAGCUAACGGAAGGCUUCAUGUACCAGUGUAUGAGAAUAUCUAUGGUGGAAUGACUAAGGAUGAGAUCUUGGAAGCUCAAGAAAAAGAACUUCAGUUAAUUGAACAUGAUAGAACAAUGGAGUUAACCAAAGACAUGAAGAACUCCUUGGAGUCUUAUGUUUAUGAAAUGAGGAGUAAGCUUUUCAAUACAUAUCGGAGCUUUGCAAGUGAAGAAGAGAGGGAUGGCAUAUCUAGGAGCCUGCAAGAGACUGAGGAUUGGCUUUAUGAUGAUGGGGAUGAUGAAACAGUACAUGCUUAUUCUGCAAAACUAGAAAAUCUAAAACAGCUGGUUGAUCCAAUUGAGAGCCGGUAUAGAGAUGAAGACGCAAGAGCGCAAGCUACAAGAGAUUUGUUAAGAUGCAUUGUGGAGUACCGCAUGUUAUCAGAUUCCCUUCCAUCUGAAAAUAAAGAGCUGAUCAUCAACCAAUGCAAUAAAGCAGAGAAGUGGCUAAGAGAGAAGAUGCAGCAACAAGAUACUUUGCCUAAGAGCUCUGAUCCUGUAUUUUGGUCCAGUGAGAUUGAGAGCAAGACAGAGAAUUUAAAGCUAGCAUGCCAACCGAUAUUGGGAUCUGAGGGUUCUCCAAUUCGAGAAGACAGCGGUGUAGGCAAGCAAAAUACUUCUAACCAUCGAUGAAGAGGAAUAGUAUGAUUUACACACCAUGAACUGAAGACCUAAACUUGCAUUAGCUGAUAGCUUCUAACAAAUGUAGAUCCCCCCUCCCCCCCCCCCCCCCCCCUAUUUUUUCCCUGUCGGGAAAGUUUAGAUGGAUAAAUUACCUUUUUUAAAAAUUACAGUUCUCCUGUGGUUGAUACUUAAAAUUGCAUUAUCCUCUUUCUCCUGCUAGGUAAAAUGUACUACAUAUCAUUGUAUAUGAACCUUUUAGUAAUGAUGAGCAACUAUAAACUAUUUUUCUUA